AUGUCUAAAUAUUCACCUUUAAAUACCUCUGAAGAAGAACCUACAAAUAUUUCAUCAACAGAUACCUCUACAAAAAAAACACACGGUCAUCAUAAUAAAAAUAGUGGUUGUAAAUCAAUUUAUUGGAUAAUUGCUUUAUCUUUUGUAGUUGGUGUUGCCAUUUUAUCAACUUUUCCUCCUUGGUUCUAUUUAAAUAAUCAGCAACCAACUACACCCAUACAAACUGAUAUAACUGACAUAACAUCUCCACCACCAUCACAAGAAUCAACAACAACAACUGGACAUGGAAGAGUAAUAGCCACUUAUUUUCCUUCUUGGUCAAUAUAUGGACGAAAAUUUUUUAUACAAGACUUGGACUUUGAUAAGAUUACUCAUAUAUUAUACGCGUUUGCAAAUUUUAAAAGUGAUGGCGAUGUAUUUUUGGGUGACUCAUGGUCUGACACUGAUAUUCACUUCGAGGAUGAUUCUUGGAAUGAUAACGACAAGAAUUUAUAUGGAAAUUUCAAACAAUUAUACUUGUUAAAGAAGAAGAAUAGACACCUUAAAGUCAGUUUGUCAAUUGGCGGUUGGACUUGGUCUACUAAUUUCCCAGCUGUUGCUUCUUCUCAUAAAUCUAGAGAAAGAUUUGUUGAUACUGCAAUUAAGCUAAUGAAUGAUUUGGGAUUAGAUGGAUUAGAUAUUGAUUGGGAAUAUCCAGGGAAUGAGGAUGAUGCCAAUAACUAUGUAAAAUUACUUAAAGAUCUUAGGGAAGCAUUAGAUCAAUAUGCUGAAUCAAAAAACGAAGCUCAACGAUACCUUUUAACAGCUGCUGUACCAUGCGGAGAGAACGUUUACAAAAUAAUGAAAUUAAGAGAAAUGGAAAAAUACUUGGACAUUUUUUACCUUAUGGCAUAUGAUUUCCAAGGAUCAUGGUCGAGUGUUACAGGACAUCAAUCAAAUCUAUAUGGCGAGGAGAUUUCUAUUAACAAAGCGGUGCUAUACUACUUGGAUCAAGGAAUUCCUGGUCACAAAAUUGUCAUUGGAAUGCCCGUGUAUGGCCGCGCAUUUCAAGAAACAAAUGGACUAGGCUCAUCAUUUAAUGGUGUCGGAGAAGGGACAUGGGAGGCAGGUAUCUAUGAUUAUAAAAAACUUCCUAAAGAAGAUUCAAUUGAGUAUUUUGAUGAUAAGUCUAUAGCAAGUUUCAGUUAUUCAUCAAGUCAACGUGAAUUGGUCACCUAUGACACACCAAAAGUUGUCACAUAUAAAACUAAAUAUAUUAGAGACAAGUGUUUACGUGGUGUAAUGUUCUGGGAAUUAAGCUCUGAUUAUCCAACUAGUGAUGAUCGUUCUUUGUUGUUAGCAUCUUUUAAUGGAUUAGGUGGUAAAGAUGAAUUAGAUAAAAAUUUGAAUCAUCUAUCUUAUCCUAAAAAUUGA